CUCACGGAGUGACGUUGUUAGCGCCAGCUGUCAGUCGCUAGUGUCUUUCCUAAUGCGUUAUGUUGGGAUUUUCCUUAAUUUUUUUGUUUCGGUCUUUAUUGUAAUAUCACCAACACGUGAUUUAAAUUAAGCUUUAUUGAACGGAGGUACAAAUAUCGGUUUCGUCUUUUCUAGUUUGCUUUUGUUGCGCUGUGCUCGGAAUUGAGGUAGCUCCUGCUAGCUAGCUUGUUGUUAGCUGCGGAUAAAUCUGGUGCAGACAGGUUCUGCUCUGCAGACAGCUUCUCUUGUUUGGAAGUCAUUGUUCACGGGCGGAAAAGUUACGGCGUGUGCAACGAUUGUAAUCACCAUGCGGUUUUUAAAUAAUUUAUUCCAAAUGAUUAUUGCAUUAAAUAAACGUGCUCCCGAUGAAUUAGGAAUUUAAAUCAGGAAACCGGGGUCAGAAGAUUAUUUAGAUUCAAAGUCAUCCGGAUGCAUUUUAUUUUAAUGACCUCAUCUGUUGUAAUAUAAACUGUGUAUUUACUAAUUGCGUGGUGUAGUAAUUGUUCAUUGUCAAAGCGUUUGUUUAAGUCAACAAACAUGGAUAAGAAAUCAUUUGACAUCGUAUUGGACGAGAUAAGAAAGUGCGUCCUGACCGAUCAGCGGAUCAGAGCCAUAGAGCAGGUGCAUGGAUAUUUCUCCAGUGAGCAGGUGAUGGAAAUACUGAAGUACUUCUCAUGGGCAGAGCCUCAGAUCAAAGCAGUUAAAGCUCUGCAGCAUAAAAUGGUUGCAAUCCCAACAACCAAAGUUGCAAACAUCCUGAAUUGUUUCACCUUCUCAAAGGACAGGCUGAUUGUUCUGGAACUGAUAGCUUUAAAUAUUUCAGAUGCUCAAAAUUAUCGUCCUGUGGAGGAUCUGUUUCGCAUACACUUGUCUGAGAAGAAGCGUGCUCGUAGGAUACUGGAACAGGUGUGUAAGGUUGGCUGCAAAGCUCCAGUAGCUAUGAUCUCCUCCUGUGGAAUGAUACCAGGAAAUCCAUACCCUAAAGGCAGACCCAGCUUGGUCACUGGCACAUUCCCUGGUAUCCCUCCGGUGAAAAAAGAAGCCGAGAAGAAAGAGGACCCCUCUAUGGAGGGGAAAGGAAUUGCUUCCCGGAUUAUAGGACCAUUCAAACCUUUUCCUUCAUCCUACAACCCUCAUCGGCCUGUUCCUUACCCUAUACCACCAUGCCGACCCCAUGCCACCAUCGCACCAAGUGCGUACAACAACGCAGGCCUUGUUUCUGUGGGAGGGGUUAUAACAGCCAGCGUGCCCCCUCCCCCCUACAACUCCACCCACAAAGUAGCAGGUUAUACCAAACCAGGCAAUCCGCAAAACACCACACCUGGAGUCAACAGCGGCCCCCUCCUCAUUCCUCAUGGCUCCACACCUUCUACCCCUGUCCCACCCCAGGCUUCUCCUGCUCAGCCACCUCCCACAACCCCUAUCACUCCAGUUUUCCCCGGAAUGGUGCCCUCUCACAACCCCAAUGCCCCCUCUCCUUCCCCUGCUCCCUCCCCAUCGGUAAUCAAAGCAGGACCACAGACCCCCAGUGGGCAUGCUACACCUACACCCUCAUCUGUCAUUAAAGCCCACACCCCGUCAGGCACCCCGUGUGGAACUCCAGUCCCAGGCAGUGGGCCCUUCUCUUCUCCCUUCCAUGGUGUUUCUCGACCAGGCACCCCUGCCACCUCCCGCAGCGGCCCAGACUCCCUGUCUCAGAUGAACUCCAUUGGUUCUACUCAACCGAAGGUUUAUUCCCAGUCCAAUGACCACCAUUCAGGACCCACGUUCCCUGGCAUUCACCCACAAACAGGUAACCUGCCUGGGUCAGUGAUCCGAAGUUACACACCCUCUGGACCAUCAUCUCUCACUCCUGGAUCUUCCACUCCAGUAAUUCCGAGCUGUUCCACCCCAGGCCCCAGUCCCAAACCUUCCCCUGUUCAUCAUGCACAAGCUCAGGCUGUGAUGGCUGGAGCUCUUAACAGACAUGCGGGGGGUGGCAGUGGUAGUAACAGCCCUGUGCCCUCUGCUUUUAAGGGAACCUCUCGCUCUGGCACGCCAUCGGUUAGCUCACUGGUGGCGCCAGGUUCUGCACAGGCCGCCCUGGUGCGUUCCUUGGGUCUGUCACAUCCAUCAGGUUCUCCUCAAGUCUCUCUCCCUAGUCCUGUUGCUAUCACCGGGCUCCAAGCACUGUCUUCUAGCCCAGCACCCUCUCAUUAUCCUGGCCUGUCGCCUUUUCCCUCUCUUCCUCCUUCCACCAUCCCUUCAUCCAUGCCCACACUACCUCCAACUUCCAACAUUUCCAGCCACCCAUCAACGUCCAUCUACCCAGGCUUGGCUCCCAGUGCAGCCCAAAGUGCAGCCUCUCCUUUUGGUCUAGGCCUUACUUCUGCCCCCUCUAUAUUCCCAGGCCUACCGCCUGGGCCUAACCCCACUACCUUCCCUGGACUGGGUGUGUCAGGGGGGCAUGGUGCUGGGAGUCCUGUUCUGCCGUCAUUCAUGGGACUACCAGGGGCCACUCCAUCUUCAGUGGCAUCAGUGGCACCACUGCAGGCAGCAGCGGCAGCAGCAGCAGUUGGGGUUCCAUCAUCAUCACCAGUUUUACCAGGUUUUGCAUCUGCCUUCAGCUCCAAUUUCCAGCCUGGUUUGAGCAGCGGACUUCAACCUCCAGGAAGUAGUGGCUUCCCGGGCUUGCUGUCUUUCCCUGGAGUACCGGGUUUCUCUCCCUCUGCCUCCCCUGCAGCCCUUGGUGGCCUCCACAAUCCAACCAUGCAGUCUGCCCUGCUGCAGGCUCAUCCUACAUCUGCCUUGGAGAGCUUUCCUCCUCAACCCAACAGUUUCACCAACUACCCUCCAGGUCCAGGAAACCCCUUCCCCCUCCAGCCAGGCCUGCACCCCCAGUUGGGUUGGCAGUGAAACCCGCUGUACAUUUGCAAACAGGAAGUAGACUUACAUGUUCAUCUCUGCAGUUCACCCUGACCUACGCCUCAGCUGAUGAGGCUUUUUAUUUUUGGCCUUGCACCCUGAGGAGCACAGGACAAAAUAUUGGAGAGUUUCAUUACUAUGUAUGUUACAGCAAGGUUAAUUUCAUAAUGCAAACAACACUACUUUGGAAACAAGUGAAAGUAUUUGAGGGGGAGAAGGCAUAUUUGUAAUAUUCACAGUUGGACAGUUGUAAAUAUCAGUUGUCGAAGUUGUUAGGUUCCACAUGUAGACUGUGACUGGUUUUAAUGUUAGCCCUACUUCCCUGUUUUUAAUCAAUGAAUUAUAGAAAAUUUAACAAAUCUACAUGAUACAUGUAAUGAAUUGACAGUAUCCCGAUGUAGUAUUUCAUGUCCGAUCUCAGAGGAAAGGAAAUGUUACGAACUGGUUGACUUGAAUCUAAGAAUUGUGACAUGAACGUCUUCACUGACUUACAUUGUAUGUCACAUUUUGAAGUCGGCUUACCAUAAAUAUUUUUAUCACCUGUGUCAAGGGUGAGAGUGUUGUACACAAAAACUUGCAUUUGGCAGCUCUACUCAUGUUUCUUUUCUUUUUUAAAAAUAUUUGUCGCUGUCAGCAAUUAACUGUGAUUCACCUUUUUUUUAUGUUUACAAAGUUCUUUUGACAAACGUGACACAGCUAGUACUGUGACUGCAGCAUUUGACGAGACAUACUGUACACAGAUGUUUUCCGACUACAUGAAGCUUUGUUGGAUUAAUUUGUGGACUUAUAUGACUAUUUUUAUGUUAUUCUUCACAUACUGAGUGAAACUGUACUUCUACUUCAUUUGCUGUACAUCUCUGUAGUAAUCUGUCCUACAGAGGUUAAGUCGCAAACAGUUACUUUAUUAUUUGAAAGUAAUAGACAUUUAGUUUGUUGCAUUGUGUUGUUUUUGUUUUGCCAUUUUUGUACUUGCACCAUUUUUUUCUUUAGUUUUUUUAUUUGACAGUUAGCUGCUGGUUGCUGUAGCUGUUAUUGUAUCUGUAGUCUAUGUGAUGCCACGACUAUCGGGCACUCGCUAAAUAAAAUUACUGGAGCUGAUAA